AUGACGAUCAACUCGGAGUGGAUCAAGCUGUGGAAGGAGGUGGCAAGGGACGCCUUCAGCAAGGGGCUGCCCUUCUCACCCACCGUGGCCUUCAUCGACGGGCAGAUCAAGCUGAUGAAGCCAUCCAGCAUCAACACGUGGGAGGGCUUCCUCUCCUGCCAGUUUGUGAGCUGCGUGAGGAGGCACUUCCAGUCCGGUUGCAAGACCGUCGUCCUGGCCUUCGACAACUACGAGCACGUCCCUACCUGCAAGGGCAUGACGCAGCACAAGCGCAACCGCAAGGUUUCGAGCUUCAGCUUCGCCAGCGGGGACUGCCUCCCCACCAUCAUCCCGCAGGACUGGGAGGGAGCGAUCCGGAAUCGGCUCUUUAAGUCCCGGGUCAUUGACUACAUCAAGACGAAGCUCCCGGGGUACUUGACCCUGCAGGCAGACCAGAGGCUCAUCAUAGACCACAAUGAAGCCCCUAUCGAGUACUUCCCCAACGGCACCUGCCGCCCCUUCCAGCUCACCCAUGCGGACCUGAAGGGAGAGAGCGAUGUCAAGUUCACCUCCUACACCCACCUUGGUGACAUGGUUAUCGACGCCAUCGACGGCGACUACGUGCCCAUGGCCCUCGUGCACAUCGAGCGAUUGUGCCGGGACGGGCUGUCCAACGCCUCUCGCGUGCCCCAGAUCGCGGUGUACCGCAUUCGGGUAAAUGCGAGGGGAGACGCUCCCGAGAAGUCAGCCUCGGGUAGGAUGGAGCACGAGUACGUCCACAUCAACCGGCUGGCGCAGGUGCUCUGCCGCGAUGUCGGGCCGCUGACGGGGGGAAGGACGAACGCGUGCUCCGUGCUGGCGCUCUUCACCAUCCUCACCGGCUGCGACUACACGCAGGGCCUGCCCACCGUGGGACCCGUCCGGGUGUGGGCCAACCGCCGCGCCAUUGUCCCGCUCCUUGCACUGAUCCAGGGCACCGAGGAUAGCCACGACGACGAUGUCUCCGUCAUCUCCCUGGCCUCCGCCGUGCUGUACGCGCUGGUGUACGAGAAGCGCGUCAGCCUGAGGGUCAACCAGUCCGCCACCCGGGAGGGGGUGGCGAGGGAGCUGCGCCGCGAGGAGGAGGAGCGCAUCAUCCGCGGGGUCAGGAGCUGCGGGCAGAUGAGCGCCGGGACUGUGGCGAAGCUCCCGGAUGUCAACUACCUCAGGAGCCACGCGAGCAACGCCCUCUGGACACUCCACUACUGGAACGCCCAGGACCACCACCCGGACCCGUACUCCAAGACCUUUGGGUACAAGCGGAUCAAAUCCGGCGCGGCGGGAUGGGGCGUCAACCGUCCUAGACUGGAGAGGUGA